ACACGCUUGCCUUAAUAAUAGAUGAUUAACACAAAAUAACAUAAAAAAAAGCCUUUCCUUAUGUAUAAUAUAUCGUCAUACCAGCAUGGAGGAUCAUGUUCUUAUGCUUUUAUUUUUCAGAAUUGAGACAGAAAAGAAGAUAUUGCAAUUGGUAAAGAAGGAAAAAGCUCCAUUCUUGAUUGGCUUAGACACUUACUUUGUGACAAACUACAAUGAGUGUUUGGUUAUGGAAUAUGCCUCAGGAGGUGACCUAAGGUUACUUAUGGACAAUUAUGACCUGCCACUGAAAUGCAGCAUAUUUUAUGCAGCCUGCAUUGUGCAAGGACUGAAAUUUCUGCAUGAAAACAACAUUGUCCAUAGAGAUUUGAAGCCUGAAAACAUUUUGUUGGAUAAGAGAGGAUAUCCCAGAAUUACAGACUAUGGAAUUAGCAAAACUGGAAUAGGUUUUGAGGAUCAAAUUUAUGGCCGAUGCGGCACUCGCCCAUAUAUGGCCCCUGAAAUAUUCACAGAAUCUCACUAUACCAGAUCGGUGGACUGGUGGGCCUUAGGUGUCAUCAUUUAUGAGAUGAUACUUAGAAAGUUGCCAUUUGAUGGAGACAGUGGUUGUGAGAUUCGUUUAAAAAUUAUGUUUGAAAGGCCAAACUAUCCACCUACCCUGCCUGCGUAUGUCCGUGAUAUACUACAAGGACUGCUGAAUAAAAAUCCUGCACUGCGCCUGGGAUCGACUGUAGAAGGAGCGCACGCAGUUAUGGAACGACCAUUCUUCUUUGGAAUGAAAUGGGAGGCUUUAAGGAGGAAAGAAAUCAAGCCUAUGUUUAUUAUGAAUUACACUGAAUAAGUCUCUUCGAGUAAAGCUAAACUCAAGAACUGGGAAUUAUAUUUAUGGACUGUUUGCUAUAAUAAUGGUCUAGAAGAAAUGGCAAUAUUCUAAGUGGUGUAAACAUCAUGGGCCCGUAAAGUCCCAUGGUGCUAAUCUGCCUGUGGGUGGAGGGUGGGUGGGCCCUUGGACAAAUCUUGCCCAGGGCCCCGCAGGCUUCUGUUACCACCACUGAAUAUACAAGAGUGUUCCAGCUGCCUGAGGAAUAAAGUCUUCUGAUCCUCUGCUGCAAGUCAAAAUGACAAGAACAAGGAUGUUUCACUACUCAUCCGAGCAGCUUCUUCAGUUCAACUGACUGGUAUGAUCCAGAUGCAUCUCGGACCGGUAGAGCGACCUGCAGCACUCUCACUGUUUCACAGACCAGUCCGUCCGUCAGAGAUCUCCAUGUGAAGAUCCACUUGAUGCAGCUGCACCGAAUAAUCUUACCCUGGAAUAUAGUAUUCCAAAAUGUCUUUCUUUUAUAAAAGAAAAUAUAAAUAAAUGUAUUAUAUAUACAUGAA